AUGAUGUGCCCAGAUGAGGAAAUCUGCUGGGAGUGGAGUAGACAUGGAAUGAGCCCCGGUGAGAGAGAGGCGUGCCAUGGUGCUGGCUUCUGCCUCUCAGGCCUCUCCUUCGAGGCAGCAUUUGGAGAGAAGAUGUUGAAUGUGUCAGCUACAGGAAGCUUUUUUCUUACUUGGGACAAUGUUUCUAGCCAGCCAGUUCCUGCCAAUUCUACAGCUCAACAGGUCCAAGCCACCAUUGAGGAGCUGCUUGCAGUAAAAUGCCAUCUGGAACCCGUUUCAGCUCACAUUCUGCUCCGACUUGGAUUUGAGCAAGGCCUAGAAGGUUCCAGCUCUGAUGGGGUCCUCACCAGUUCAACUGAGCCCUUCUGUGGCAGAUUCAGCCUUGGUCAACUUCGACACCUUAUCCUUUACCCCUCAGCUGACAAAAAUGGCUAUCAGCUGGAUCAGUACCCAUAUCUGUGCACUGCAUACAGAAGCCACAUAAACAGGACCCUGACAAUGACUGUUUCUUUCAUAUCUGGCUUCCAAAAUGUCACAAAGAAUACCACUUGCGACUGGAGUCUCACGGAACCUCACCCUGAGAGCUGGCAGUUCACUUGCAUUAACCUCUGGGACACAUGUGUGCGUCACUCUGAGGAUCUCCCAUCUUCUCUGGCAAACACACCACUGCUGGUUCAUCGGAUUGACAUUCUUCCUGUGGCCCCGAAGGCAGGCCUGCUUUAUCUGGAUGAAAUUAUUCUUGCAGAUACAAGCAUAACAGUUUCUCAAGCUGGAACAGCACGCCCAGGUGGGAACCUGGUGGAGUCAGUCUCGGUGGUGGGAUUUCCUCCAGUCUACAGCAUAGCCUUCUGGUUGGUGGGCUGUGGUUCAGAGCUUCCUCUCAUCAUUGCGUGCUAUGUGCCCGCUGAGAAGACAGGAGAAGGAUCUGAACUGAUUGAGGUGACAGCACAGAGACUCCAGAGGACAAGCCCGCCUUUAGGAGGACAUUUCUUCCUCCAACUCUUUGAUACAGUGAUACUCGAUGUUCCGGUGCACAUGUCUUCCAGACAGCUUCACAAGCUAUUGCAGGACAAUGCUGACGCGUCCACAGCUGGAUACCUCAAUAUCAGUGACAUCACUGUGACAAAGGAGCUAAACUCCUGCUAUGAACAUGUGUGGACUCUUACUUGGACUACUCAGAUUGGGGAUUUGCCCAAUUUUAUCAGUAUCUCAGAUCAAAAUCUCACUGGAGUGAACCCUGCUGUAACUGCUCGUGUGGUAUAUGAUGGUGGAGUUUUCCUUGGACCCAUCUUCGGAGACAUGUUGGCAACUGCCAACCAGAAAACUCAGGUGGCCGUGGAAGUGAAUGACAUACCAGCUCAUUGUUCAGGCUCCUGCUCUUUCCAGUACCUGCAAGAGUCAACUCCCAGUGUGGAUUAUGUGUGGCAUUCCCCUGGAUGUGACAUCAACCUACUGGUUUAUUUGACUGGAACUGGUUUCCCUAGAGAUGCCCAGUCCUUGCAGGUUACAGUGAACCAAACAAGAUGUGAAGUUAUUUUCUCAAAUGAAACAAAUGUGGUCUGUGAGCUGGACCUGCUGCCAGUUGGAGUGCAUCGGAUUUUGAUGCUGGUGAGACCUUCAGGCCUUGCCGUUAAUGCCAGUGGAGAAGGCCUCUUCCUGUAUGUGGAACCCAGGCUGGAUGCUGUGGAGCCUGCUAUGGUUGCAGAGAUAGGAGGAUUGUGGGUUUCCAUCCGAGGUUGUCAUUUGGAAGGUACAAGUCUGGUGCUGUUUGGAACUCAGUCGUGUGCCAUUGAUGCCAUUAGCAGCAAUUCACAACAAAUUCGGUGCAAAGUCCCACCCAGGGGGAAAGAUGGAUACACUGUAAAUGUGACUGUGAUCAUUGGAGAGCAUUCUACAGUUCUUCCCAGAGCAUUUACUUAUGUCUCCUCUUUAAAUCCAGUGGUUGUGUCUUUGAGCAGAAACAGAAGCAGCAUAACAGGAGGCGAGAUCCUGUUCCUUGGGAUGGCGAGGCUGGUGAACUACACCGAUCUGGACAUACAAAUCCGUGUGCAGAACACCUCUGCUCAGGUCCUCACACAGACAGCUUGGGGAUUGGAGGUGGUGCUGCCCCCACUGCCGACUGGCAUUCACACGAUUUCAGUCUUCAUUAAUGGAGUCAGCAUUCGUGCCCAGGGGGUUGAUCUCCACAUCCAGUACCUCACUGAAGUUUUCAGCGUGGAGCCUUGCUCUGGGUCUCUUCUGGGUGGAACCAUCCUCAGCACUGCAGGGAUAGGACUCGGCCGAGACCGGGCUCUGAUUUGGAUACUUGUGGACAACCAGACUUGCGACAUCGUGACCGUAACUGACAGGAAUGUCUGGUGUGAGACCCCGCCAGCUGCACUGUCACCUGGGGCAGAUGUUCUCAGUGUCUCCUCUUCCGUGGAGAUCUGGGUCGGCAACUCUUCUUUCCUCCAUGGUCCAAGCUUGGUGGGGAAGGGCCUUACCUUCGUGUAUGAAGCCGCCACAACACCAGCGGUCACUGCUCUGUGGGAAGAGCUCACAAACGACAGCCUGCAGUUCUAUGUGGAAGGGAAUAACCUUUCUGACUCAGCCAUUCUUUUUGGAACCUUGAAAUGUGACCUUGAAGUGCAAUCUUUUGUCGAGAACGUGAGCUUGCCUGGGUGCUCCUUUCCUCUCUACAGUUUGGAAGCAGGAGUCUAUCCUCUCCAAGUUCGACACAAGUGGAUGGGGUUUGCCAAUAUGUCUGCAGUGCCCCAGAAAUUUGAGUUGUCACCGCGGAUAAGGGCCAUUUUCCCAACACGUGGUUCUGUGUGUGGUGGGACAGUACUCACUGUGAAGGGCACGGCCUUCAAUUCGAGAAGGAGGUCAGUUCAUGUUGACCUUUCGGGCCCUUUCGCUUGUGUGAUUUUGAGUUUGAGAGGCCACACGGUCCUAUGCCAGACCAAACUGGUGGGCGACCACUUUUCUGCAGUGCCAUUUGCUCUAAAUGUCACAGUUGUGGUCAAUGGGCUGGCCAGCAAGUGUGUAGGGAACUGUACACUCUUCCUGCAGGAAGAAGUGACGCCUACUGUGGAUGCCUUGACUGUAAGCCUCAAUGGUUCUGUAACCACGGUGCUGAUGCGAUGCCAAAGGUUAGGUACCACUGAUGCCGCACCAACAGUGUUUGUGGAUGACCAGCGUCCUUGCCACACAACUUUCUUCAAUACCAGCCAUGUGGCUUGCCAGAUGACUGAUUUGACCCCAGGGCUCCACUACCUGUCAGCUGUUCAUACACGCACUGGAUAUGCUUGCCUGGAUAGAGUUUCUAGAAACUUCUUCAUUGCGCCUCAGGUGUUCGACUAUUUUCCUAAGAAUUGCAGCAUCCACGGUGGAAAUCUCUUGACCAUAAAAGGCACAGCUCUUAAGGGACAGAACGUUACAUUUGUCUAUGUUGGCCAGCGGGCUUGUCUCACAGUGAACAUCAGUUAUGAGCUCAUCCAGUGCCUCGUUCCUGAAGGAAGUGGCUCUGUGGCCCUGGAAAUAGAGGUGGACGGAGUUUUGUGCCACGCGGGACUCAUUGGUUACAGUAGUGUCUUUACUCCGGAACUGCUUUCUGUUUCACGGAGUCAUGACAUCUUAACCUUUGCAGUCGCCCAGAUCUCAGGAGCUGCAAAUGUUGUCCUUUUCGUUGGGAAGUCACCGUGCGUGGGUGUCUCUGGGAACUGUACAGUUCUCAGGUGCAGGGCUCCUUUACUUCCUGCUGGGGAGUAUCCUGUCACAGGCUAUGACCACAGCAGAGGCUGGGCCUCUUCGGCUCUCAUUCUGGAGCUGAGAGCGACUGUGACCUCGGUGACUAAGAACUUUGGCUACCUGGGAGGAAGGCUUUUGCAUGUGUAUGGAGCAGGAUUUUCUCCAGGGAAGAUCUCCGCUGCCGUGUGUGGUGCUCCAUGCCAAGUCUUGGCUAAUGCAACAGUGUCUGCCUUCAGCUGCUUGGUUCUGCCCCUGGAUGUGUCCUUGGCUUCCCUGUGUGACCUGAGGCACGCAGAAGACAGCUGUGAAGUCAGCGGCCACACCUACUUGCGCUGCGAUUUGACCAUCACCAUAGGGACAAAGAGACUGCCUGGCUCCUGGCCUUACCUCUACUGCUGUGAAGAGAGUCCCCAGUGUCUCUUAGCACCAGAUCACCGGGCAGAGCCAGCCUCCCCACCCUUCUCAGGCCUCUUUCUCAGCCCUAAAGUGGAAAGAGAUGAAGUUCUCAUCUAUAAUAGCUCCUGUAACAUUACCAUGGAAACUGAGGCAGAGAUGGAGUGCGAGACGCCUAAUCAGCCAAUUAUCGCCAAGAUUACUGAAAUACAGAAAAGCCGGGGCCAGAACACUCAGGGCAACUUUUCCUUCCGAUUCUGUCGGAGGUGGUCCAGGCCUCACAGUUGGUUUCCCCAUAGAGUGCCACAAGAUGGCGACAGCGUCACGGUGGAGACCGGCCAGCUGCUCCUGCUGGAUGCGAACACAAGCCUCCUGAAUUUGCUGCACCUUAGAGGUGGCAAGCUGAUUUUCAUGGAACCAGGACCCAUUGAGCUCAGAGCCCACUCCAUCCUUAUUACAGACGGGGGAGAGCUCCACAUCGGCUCCGAGUUCAAGGCUUUUCAAGGCAAAGCUCAGCUCAAACUCUAUGGAAGUUCCCACUCUACCCCCUUCUUUCCCUAUGGAGUGAAGUUCCUGGCGGUGAGGAAUGGAACCCUUUCCCUGCAUGGGCUCCGUGACGCACGAAAGGCUGGGAUUAAGACUAUUGCUUUCAUUUUAGAAAUGAUGAAAUGGGGGCCUGGAAGGAAAGGUGCAGUUCCAGAAGUGACUGUCACCUAUCUUCGAGCCACUGCAUGUGCAGGAGACACAACUUUGGUUCUGGAGGAAGCUGUGGACUGGUGCCCUGGGGAUGAGGCUGUUAUCAUCAGUGGGAUGAGUGUUGCAGGCACCAGAUCAAUGGAAGAGGUUGUUGUUGUGGAAACUGUGCACAAUGCACAACUCCAUCUCAGGACUCCCUUGAGAUACUCUUACAACAUCACAGAGAACUGGGUAGCUGGAAAGAAUCAUAUUUUGAAGGCUACUGUGGCUCUUCUCAGCAGGAACAUUGUCAUCCAAGGAAAUCUUACUCUGGAGAGGGUAAAACACCUCCAUUCCUGCCAGGAGGUCAAUGCUGCUGAAGGUAACCUAAAGCACUGUUUGUAUUAUAAGAGUGAGAAAAUGCUGGGAACCAGGGAUCUGGGCGCCAGAGUAAUCAUUCAGUCCUUCCCAGAGGAGCCCAGCUUGGUCAAGCUGAAGGGAGUGCAGUUUCGAGACCUGGGGCAGGCCUUCCGUAAGCAUCCAAGCUCACUCACCUUGGUGGGAGCUUUGAGAGGUUCCUAUCUUCAGAGCUGUUCAAUAUGGGGUUCCUUCAGCAGAGGCCUUAGCAUGCACAGGACCUGGGGCCUGAGGGUGGAGAAUAACAUAUUCUACAAGAUUACAGGUCAUGCCCUGCUGGUGGGGACCUAUAUGGACAGAAGGUUUAUGACUAGUGAGACAAUUAUUGGAAGAAAAAAUGACUGGCGGGAACAGGGAAGUACAAUAAGAAACAAUGUGAUCAUCAGUGUUUCUGGGGCUGAAGGACUGUCCAAUCCUGAAAUGUUAGCACCUGCUGGCAUCUACACCUUCAGUCCCACCAAUGUAAUAGAGGGCAACAGAGUGUGUGCAGCUGGCUAUGGCUAUGUUUUCUACCUGGUGGCCAGGCAAACCUCACAAGCUCCACUCCUUUCAUUCAUGUUGAACACUGCUCACUCUUGUACCAGGUAUGGCCUCCUUAUAUAUCCUAAAUUUCAACCACUUUGGAAUAAUGACACAGGCUUCACUCUCUUCCAAGAUUUCAUGGUUUGGGGAAGUGCAGGUGGUGCCCAGAUUUUCAGAAGCAGCAAUCUGCACCUGAAAAACUUCCAGGUUUAUGCAUGCAGAGACAGCGGAAUCGACAUCUUGGAAAGCGAUGGGGAUACUGUGGUCACGGACAGCUUUUUUCUUGGUCAUUUCACACACAAGGGAAGUCUAUGUAUGUCAGCUGGGAUUAAAACGCCCCAAAGAUGGGAACUGACGGUUUCUAAUACAACUUUUGUUAAUUUUGAUCUGAACUGUGUGGCCAUCAGAACCUGUUCUGGCUGUUCCCAAGGACAGGGUGGAUUUACUGUGAAGACCAGAGAAUUAAAGUUUGAAAACUCUCCAAAUUUAGUAGCAUUUCCAUUUCCUCAUGCAGCAGUUCUGGAAGACUUGGAUGGGUCCCUGUCUGGGAAAAAUGGAAGUCACAUUCUUCCUUCUAUGGAGACCCUCUCCGAUACAUGCGUGGUCAAUGCAAGCUUCAGUCAUAUUGUCCCUGGGAGCAUCUGUGGGGAAAAUGUUGCCCUCCAUCGUAUGUCUAUUGGUUUAGAUAAGGCUCUUGAGGUUCCUAAGAAUUUAAUCGUGACUGACGGCAAAAAUAAGACAAUCACGGUCAAUUACGUGGGCGACACCUUGUCUAACUUGUAUGGCUGGAUGGCUCUGCUCUUGGAUCAGGAGACCUACUCACUGCAGUUCCAGAACAGCGGUUGGAUGGAGCGCUCUUUACAGUACUCAGCAACAUUUGACAGCUUUGCUCCCGGAAAUCACAUCCUGCUGCUGCACGGGGACCUACCACCUUACCCGGUCGUUCUCAUCAGGUGUGGAAGUCGCUUGGGUCGGUCACUUCUGUCUCCCCCUUUGCCCAGUCGUGACAGAGGCUGUGAUUGGUUCUUCAACAGCGAGUUGGGGCAGCUCACCUAUCUCGUUUCAGGUGAAGGCCAAGUUCAGGUGUUUCUCCAGGUGAUGGAAGGUGUGCCUCCGACAGUUUCAGCUUCUACAUCUGUACCUGAAUCAGCUUUAAAAUGGUCCCUUCCUGAAACAUGGAAAGACGUCGCAAAAGGCUGGGGAGGAUACAACCAGACCCUUCCAGGACCUGGUGAUGACGUCUUGAUUUUACCCAACAGGACUGUUCUUGUGGAUACUGAUCUCCCAGUGCUUAGACGCCUCUAUGUGAUGGGGACCUUAGAAUUUCCUGUGGACAGAAGCAAUGUUCUGAGUGUGGCCUGCUUACUCAUUGCAGGAGGGGAACUGAAAGUAGGUACUUUAACAAAUCCCUUAGAAAAAGAACAAAGACUUCUGAUUAUUCUCAGAGCCUCAGAAGAAAUCUUUUGUGACCAUUUUGAUGGAAUACAUGUUGACCCAGGAACAAUUGGAGUUUAUGGGAAACUUUCCCUUCACAGUGCUUAUCCUAAGAAAUCCUGGGUACACCUUGGAGCCGAUAUUGCACCAGGAAAUGAGAGAAUUAUAGUAGAUGAUGAAGUGAAUUGGCAGCCCCAUGACAAAAUCGUUCUCAGCUCUUCUUCUUAUGAGCCUCAUGAGGCGGAGGUCCUCACAGUCAAGGAAGUCAAGGGCCAUCACAUCAGGAUCUAUGAACGUCUUCGACACCGACACAUUGGAAGUGCCCAUAUCAUGGAGGAUGGUCAGCGCAUUCCAUUGGCUGCUGAGGUUGGACUGUUGACUAGGAACAUUAAAAUUCAACCUGACUCAUCCUGUAGAGGGAGACUCCUUGUGAGUUCCUUCAGAAAGUCUAGCAGAGAAGAGUUUUCCGGUGUUCUUCAACUUCUAAAUGUAGAAAUUCAAAACUUGGGGUCACCAUUGUAUGCAUCUGUUGAGUUCACUGGUGUGUCAACAGGAUCCUGGGUGAUAUCUUCUACGGUACAUCAAAGCUGUGGCAUGGGCAUCCAUGCAUCUGCCAGUCAUGGGAUGGUUUUAGAUGACAAUAUAGUGUUUGGUACCAAUGGCAAUGGCAUCGAUCUGGAGGGUCUGAACUAUUCUCUCACUAAUAACCUUGUCAUCUUAACGAUGCAGUCAACAAGGUCAUCUCCUUGGGUGGCAGGAAUCAAAGUGAACUAUGCAAAGGAUGUCAUUCUCCAUGGCAAUGCAGUGGCAGGAUCAGAAAGACUUGGCUUUCACAUAUGUGGCCAUAGCUGCUCUUCUGAAAUGUUUUGGUCUGACAAUGUGGUCCACUCAAGCCUCCAUGGCCUUCACCUCUAUAAGAGACAUGAACCCAACAACUGUACUGGUGUCUCUGGAUUUCUGGCCUUUAAGAACUUUGACUAUGGUGCCAUGGUACAGACAGAGAAUAGUUUGGUCCUGCAGAACCUCACUUUGGUAGACAAUACUAUUGGUCUUUUGGCGGUUGCAUCUGUAUCUUCUGCUCUACCGAGCUCCGUUAUUGAUGUGCAGAUUGUGCUUAGGAAUUCAGUCAUUGUGGCCACUAGCUCCUCUUUUGACUGCAUUCAAGACAGAAAGACACCUCAGUCAGCCAACUGGACAUCAACAGAUAGAGCACCUUCCAAUGCCAGAGGGGGCCGGAUUGGCAUCCUGUGGCCAGUUUUCACCUCAGAACCAAAUCAGUGGCCUCAGGAGCCAUGGCACAAAGUGAGAAGCGGCCAUUUAGUCUCCGGUAUCAUGAAGCUUCAAGAUGUCACAUUUUCUAGUUUUGUAAAGAGUUGUUAUAGUGGUGACCUGGAUAUCUGCAUCCUGCCUAAUGAAUACAGCACUGGAAUCAUGUACCCAAUAACAGCAGAGAGGACCAGGAUGCUAAGGAUGAAGGACAAAAACAAGUUCUACUUUCCUCCAUCACAGCCCAGGAAAGACUUAGAGGAAACUGUUUGCCAUGAAUCGGACUGGGAAAGUCCAAGAAAAUACCUCUUCAUAGAUCUGGAUGGGAGAACUCUGGGUCUGCCCCCACCAGUUUCUGUGUUUCCAAAGACAGAGGCAGAAUGGACUGGAUCAUUCUUCAACACAGGUAUCUUCAGAGAAGAACAGAAAUGCACAUUCCGAGCAAUGAUCCAGGGCUUCUUCUGCAAGCAGACUGACCACAUGAUCUUAAUUCUCCAUAAUGUAGAUGUGCCUUGGACAGUUCCAAAGUCAUACCCACUUGUAUCUGUUACUAAUGGCUUUGUUGACACAUUUAGCAGGGUACAGGACAGUAUCCUACACUCCAGCACUUCCUCUGUGUCUACUUUCUAUUCCAUCUUACCAACCAGGCAAAUCACCAAAGUAUGCUUUGUGGAGCAAACACCUCCAUUGUUACGCUUUUUUCUACUUGGCAAUAGAAGUGCCUCUAAGCUAGUUCUGGCUGUGUUCUACAAUGAGAUUCAGAGCCCUCAUGUUUUCUUAGAAAAAAGAUUUAUUCCACCUACUCCAGUAGAGUCAGCGUCUUCAUUGUUGGAUGAGUCUGCUGGUGCCAACUACUUCGACAUCAUGAAUAACCUCUUAUAUGUUGUCCUGCAAGGAGAGGCGCCUAUUGAAAUACACUCAAGUGUUUCCAUUCAUUUGGCUUUCACUGUGACAUUUUCAGUCCCAGAGAAAGGCUGGGAAAGAGUGAUGCUUGAAAGGUUAACACACUUUUUACAGAUUGACCCAAACCAAAUCAAAUUCAAGCUUGAGAUGCCUGGCAACAAAGAAACCUUAGAGGCCAUUGCAAACAGUAGAAGAAAAAGAAAGCGUAAUUGCCCAACUGUAACUUGUGGUGGUGCUUCUACCAGAUCUGGUCAACGCAGACCUCUCAUGGCAGAAGUGAUGCCAUAUAGGAUCACACCAACAACCUCUGUGGAAACUCUCUCAAAGGUGAUUGUCAUCGAAAUAGGUGAUCUGCCAAAUGUAAGGAGCACUGAAUUUGUCCUAUCCUUACCGAGCAACAGGCUGCAGAAUUUGGCUCACCAAGUUAUCACUGCUCAACAGACUGGAGUCCUGGAAAAUGUUCUCGGAAUGACUGUGGGGGCCCUACUGGUGACUCAGUCAGAGGGAGUCACAGGCUAUAGAAAUGCAAGUCAUUUAAGAACUGGGAACCGCAUAUAUACCCGGCCCUCUAAACUUUCUAUUCUGGUGCAGCCUUCAGAUGGGGAAGUGGGAAUAGAUCUGCCAGUUCAGCCACAGCUCAUCUUCCUGGAUGAGAAGAACCAAAGAGUGGAGUCUUUGGGUCUCCCUUCAGACCCUUGGAUUAUUUCAGCUUCUCUGGAAGGGGCUUCAGAUUCAAUGCUAAAAGGGUGCACCCAGGCAGAAACACAGGAUGGCUAUGUGAGCUUCUCCAGAUUGGCCGUCUUGAUCUCUGGGUCCAACUGGCGCUUUGUUUUCACUGUUACAUCCCCUCCAGGUGCUAAUUUUACAGCUCGAUCCAAGACCUUUGCUGUCUUACCAGUGACCCACAAGGAGAGAUCCACUAUCAUCCUGGCCUUGUCCCUGUGCUCAGUGGUGUCAUGGCUGGCUCUGAGCUGUCUCAUAUGCUGCUGGUUCAGGAAGAACAAAAAUAGAAAAAUAAAACCUGAAGAUAUAUCUGAAUCCCAGGCUAAGGAUCAAAAGAAGAACACCCGUAACUCUUCCAAACAGGGAGGACUACAAGUAAAGACAGGAAAAGAAGACACGGUGAUGAGGGAAGAUAUGAGGAUGAAGGUCAUGCAGGGAAGGCAGAACCAGUUUUCCCCACAGUCAAUGGAUGGAGUGUCCAAAAGGAACGUUAGUCGCCGUGCUGUCCCAGAGGAAGGAGCCGCUACACCUGCCCCGAGGAUUCCCAAAAUCACAUCCCAGGGGCUCACCUGUGUUCCAGGAUCUCUUGCUCAGCAGCUGAAUCUGCAGGAGCCUGGGAACUGGAAGGAAGCCCAAAAGCAGUUGCUCAGAUACCAACUGGCAGGCCACAAUCAGCUGCUUCUGUUAUGCCCGGACCUCAGGCAAGAGAGGCAGCAGGGUCAGGAGUCUAGCCAGCAGAACAAAGGGAGCAACUGCAUGGGACUUUCCCCUGAGGAGGGUACUUGUGUUCCCUCUGAGGCUGUCUGCCUCCACACAGCACCACCAGAAGCUAUUCGGUAACAGCUGUGAGUGUGGAACACUGUGGGUGUUUGUAUAAGAAGGAAAAAUGUUCAAAAUCAUUUCUACAUGGUAAAUGGGGGAGGAGCGGCCUGAUCUGGUAGGACAACUAAGGGGAAAUAUGGCCUCUCAAUCUUUUGACUUUGAUAUGGAAGACAGUCAGGUAAGGGCUUGUAGACUGAGUCUGUAACCGAUUAUGUUUCUUGUACCUAUCAUUGAUCCUACCCAAUUCCAGCAAAUAACAGGUUCUCGAAUACUUGCUGAUAUUUUCCUGGAUUCAGACUUGUUGCAAUGCAGGCUACACCUGUGAUACACUAAACUUCACUAUUAGGAACUGUGAUUUAAGCUUCUCUUGCAGUGAACACCCACAAUGCUUCUGUGUUGUCUUGCAGAAGACUUGUGUUGGGUUUAGAGAGUUGCAGUUGUGUCUACGGUGUUAGAGAACACUCAAGAGGCAGCUUGUUCCUUACUAUAACAAAGCUUAGUCUCCAAGAAGGGUCAACUUCAUGACUGUUAUUUUUAGAUUUUAUUUUAUUGCUUAAAUUUAUUCAUUAUUGGGAGAUUUCUGCAUGAUAGAUAUCAUUUGUAUGUCAUGAGUAUUUUUACCGGAAAGAUUGUGAUCACAUGGGCUUUGUUGGGAUUUCAGUUAAUAAAGAAGUAAACAUACUAAGUUUAGGAAAA